AUGUCUGCACCAAACGGCGCACCAGGCGGCUGGACACCCAGCUCGUGGCGCUCAAAGCCCAUCAAGCAGAGCCCGGCCUACGAUGACCCCGAGGCCGUCGCCCGCGCAACCCGUGAGCUGCAGCGUCUUCCGCCCAUCGUGCACCCGGGCGAGAUCCUGCGUCUGAAGCAGCACCUGGCCGCCGUGGCCCGCGGCGAUGCGUUCCUGCUGCAAGGCGGCGACUGUGCCGAGCUCUUUGACUACUGCGAGCCCAACGCCAUCGAGUCCAAGAUCAAGCUGCUUCUGCAGAUGAGUCUUGUCCUGAUCUGGGGCGCCGACAAGCCCGUCGUGCGCAUCGGCCGCAUGGCCGGCCAGUACGCGAAGCCCCGCUCCAACCCCAACGAGACGCUGCCGGACGGCCGCACCGUGCCCUCGUUCCGCGGCGACAUUCUCAACGGCUACGAGCUAGACCAGCGCGAGCUGGACCCCCAGCGCCUCGUACGCGCCUACCACCACUCGGCCGCGACGCUCAACUAUGUGCGUUCGGCCAUUGCCGCCGGCAUCGCCGAUCUGCACCAUCCUCUGGACUGGGGUCUGGGCCAUGUGCGGGAUCCGGCGCUCAAGGCCAAGUACUCGGAGGCGGUGACGUUCCUGACGGACAUGCUGCGCUUCAUGCACACGAUUGGCGCCGACAAGAACGACAAGCUCGACACGGUCGACCUGUACACGAGCCACGAGGCGCUGGUGCUCGAGUACGAGGAGCCCAUGACACGUCUGCUGCCCGCGACCCGCGGCCACCCGACGACAACGACAACGACGACGACGAGCGCACCACCCGCAGCCUACUUUGACACGUCGGCACACUUCCUCUGGAUCGGCGACCGCACCCGCCAGGUCGACCACGCGCACGUCGAGUUCUUCCGCGGCCUCGCCAACCCGGUCGGUGUCAAGGUCGGCCCCACGACGCCGCCCGAGGACCUGCUGACCAUUCUGCGGGCGCUCAACCCGCAGCGCGAGCCGGGCAAAGUCACCCUCAUUACGCGCUACGGCGCCGCCCGCGUGCGCGAGCUGCUGCCCGCACACAUCCGCAUUGUCGAGGGCAGCGAGUACCGCCGCUGCGUUGUCUGGCAGUGCGACCCCAUGCACGGCAACACGCAGACGACGGCCACGGCGGGCAUCAAGACGCGCCACUUUGCCGACAUCCUGGCCGAGCUCCGCGAGACGCUGCAGGUCCACACCGACGAGGGCAGCUACCUGGGCGGCGUGCACCUGGAGCUGACGGGCGACGCCGUGACCGAGUGUCUGGGCGGCUCCGAGGGACUGGACGAGGACGACCUGUCGACCAACUACACGAGCUUCUGCGACCCGCGGCUCAACGAGAAGCAGGCGCUGGAGAUGGCCUUUUUGAUUGCGGACCACCACAGGACGGUGCGGCAAGGCGCGUCCGCGUCCAAGUAG